UAUAUUGCUCACUUUCCGUUCAAUUGCCGAGCCCAGCGGACAUUGGAGGAGGAGCGUCUUCAGAUCGCCUUCAGUGUGGCUUCCGUCCGAGAUUUCGUUCAGCGCGUACCGUUUAAGGCGCUCAGCGUCCGUCGAUCGCCAGGCAGUUAAGUCCGCGGUCUCGCGGCGUUCCGGUUGCAGUUCCCGGUUCCGCGUCACGUCGAGUGUUUCGUGCUGAGGUAGGAAAAAAAAACUCUACAACGGCUACAGCGGUGCAACGUAUUCUGAAACUGUUGAUGCAACGGCAGCAGAAACUGCUGCGGAAAUUAUUCCAAUUGACUGCAUUGGCAAAACGUUAAGCAUACGCAGUGGUGUACGCUAAAGAGUGUAAAGCAAAGUACAAAAAAAAAAAGAAAGAGAGUGAGUGCCAAGUGAGACAUAUCGAAAAACAAUAAUUAUCGCGGGGAGUGCCAUAAACCAGCUCCAUCCUGGGUAAUCUGUGGUUAAUCGUCCGAGAUUACCUCUUUGCCAAAAUGGGUCCCCCCACCUCCACCGAGCUGCCCCCGAAGACGACGGAGCGCAGCGACGCCCCCGUCGAGUUGACUGGAUACCGCAGGUGGCUAAGCGAUAACCUCAUGCUGCUGGUCACCCUCUCCGGAGUCCUACUCGGUGUGAUACUGGGACUAUCGUUGCGGCCCCUUAAUUUGCACGGGGAUUCCAUUAUGCUAAUCUCGUAUCCUGGCGAACUGUUUAUGCGUGUGCUGAAGCUCAUGAUCUUGCCGCUGGUUAUAUCCAGUCUGAUUGCCGGAUCGGCCAGUCUGAAUGCCAAAAUGAAUGGCAAGAUAGCGCUGCGCACGUUAGUUUACUUCGCCAGCACCUCAUUCUUCAAUGCCGCUCUGGGAAUCGCCCUCGUACUGCUCAUCCAUCCAGGAAAUCCGGAUCUACACAAUGCCGACGAUCGGUCGACCGAUAGGCGUGCGGUGAACUUGUUGGACAGUCUGUUGGAUUUAGGCAGAAACGUAUUUCCGGACAACCUGUUCCAGGCCUCCAUUCAGCAGGCACACACCGUCUAUUUGCCCAAGCCGACCAUUCUGCAUGUCUUCAACGAGACGAUUAACGACACUUUGUCAUCCGGAGCAGAGGCGCAACGCUUGGCGGAGGAUCUGUCGGAGGAAGUGGUCCUGGUGAGGGACGUGCAGUAUCGCAGCGGGACCAAUACCUUGGGCAUCGUUUUCUUCUGCCUGGUUUUUGGCACUUUCCUGGGAACCAUCGGCCAGAAGGGCCAGGUGGUGGUCGACUUCUUCGCCGCCAUUUUCGAGGUGAUCAUGAAGAUGGUUACCUGCGUGAUGUGGCUCACACCGGUGGGCAUUAGCUCGGUGAUCGCUGGAAAGAUACUGAGCGUGGGCGACUUGGGCCUGGUGAUGUCACAGCUCAUGUGGUUCAUCCUCACGGUGGCCAUCGGUGUGUUCAUCUACCAGUUCAUCGUGAUGCAGGCCAUUUAUUUCGUCUUCGUUCGUCGCAAUCCGUUCAAGUUCUACGCCGGACUCAUCCAGGCCAUGCUCACUGCCUUCGCCACGGCCUCAACCGCCGCCGCCCUGCCCAUUACAUUUCGGUGCAUGAAUGAGAAGCUGCGUGUGGAUCCGCGGAUAACGCGAUUUGUCCUGCCAAUUGGAUGCAACAUCAACAUGGACGGAACGGCCCUCUACAUCGCGGUGGCCUCCAUCUUCAUUGCCCAGAUGAGCGGCAUGGUUCUGGGAUUCGGGGAGCUGCUCACUGUGCUCCUGACCUCCACGGCUGCCUCGAUGAGCUCGGCCAGUGUUCCGAGUGCUGCUCUAGUGCUCCUCCUCGUAGUGCUCACCGCCAUCGAUGCCCCAGUUCAGGAUGUCACGCUCCUCUUCGCCGUGGAUUGGUUUGUGGAUCGGAUUCGCACUACGAAUAAUAUGCUGGGCGACUGCUACACCGCUGCCGUUGUCGAGGAACUGUCGCGCAAGGAGUUGAUGGCUUUGGACGCCGCUUCCGUGAAUUAUCAG